UCUGACAAUUCUUUAACCAGUGUCCAGUACAACUUGGCAAUAAAAUUUUUAACGUUUUAAAAUGAGUACCGUAGAUUGGGAUGAAGUUAAGAGAUUGGCAGCUGAUUUCCAAAAAGCCCAACUCAGUUCUACACUACAAAAGUUGUCAGAGCGUAACUGCAUAGAAAUUGUAACAAAAUUAAUAGAAAGUAAAUUACUGGAUGUGAUAUUUACCAAUGAUGGUAAAGAAUAUGUUACACCACAACAUCUUGGAAAGGAAAUUAAGAAUGAGUUAUACAUCCAUGGUGGAAGAAUCAAUUUGGUUGACCUGGCACAAAUUCUCAAUGUCAACUUAUCCCAAGUAUCUAAAGUGGCAACUGAAAUAGAAAAGCACAGUAAAGGCUUGAAAAUAAUACUUGGCCAACUUAUUGAUAAAAGUUACACGAACAGAAUUGCUGAAGAAAUCAAUGACAAACUAGCACAACAUGGUUGUAUCAAUGUAGCAGAGUUAACAAUAUACUAUGACUUACCAGCUGAAUUUUUACAAUCACUGAUUGAAAAAGAAUUGGGAAAGACGAUACUUGGCAAACAAGACACACAAGAUAUCAGAGUUUUUUACACAGAAAGUUUUAUAGCUAGAAACAAAGCUAAAAUAAGAGGAGCAUUAUCUGCUAUUACAAAGCCUACACCACUAUCUGCAAUUCUAGGACAAUGUUCUGUUUCAGAAAGAAUAUUCUUUUCAAUCCUGGAUAGCUUACAAGAAAUGAAACAAAUACCUGGUGUGAUAGCAGGAAAACAGGGAACAAAUAGUCUUUAUAUACCAACUAUAUAUUCCAAAAGUCAAAGUGAAUGGGUAGAUAACUUUUAUAAACAAAAUGGUUAUUUAGAGUAUGAUGCACUUACUCGUCUUGGAAUAUCAGAUCCACCAAACUUCGUGAAACGUCAUUUUCCAAAUGAAAAUAUAAUCUUCUUAGACUCUGUUGCUGUGGGUACCAAUAUUAUGGAUCAGGUAGACGCAAAUAUUGAAGAAGCUGUUGCCAGUGGAUCAUUUAUUGAUAUCAGUCCUCUUCUGCCAUCUGUAUUUACUGAUAAAGAUAUGGAAAUGCUUCUUAAAAUUGCAGAAAAAAAGAUGAAUAGUAAUAAUACACGUGUAUUUGCGAAAACUGUAGUAGCAUCUGAUGCAUUUUUGCAAUCAUUAAGUAAAUCGUUUGAGACCAUUGCGGAAACUAAAGCUAGGGAAGCAGUAGCCAGUGGGCAAUGGUUUCAAACGAUAGCAGAAAAUAGGAUUAAAAAUAAAUCAGUAGAUUUAAUACUUGAAAAUAGGGGAAGUAAAAAAGAAGAACGUCGAAAGAAGGCUACAAGUGGUAAAGCCGGUGGUGGUAAUCAAGGAAGAGAAACAAAAACGAAAGCUACUAAAAAGAAAUAUUUACCAGGAAAAACUCGUGAAAUUGAUUCUGACGAUGAAAAUGUAAAAGUCAUGCCUGGAAGGAUAGAACACAAAUUAGUUUCUAUCGAAGAUAUAACAAAUGAAAUCAUGAAAGAUGAUAAUUUAUCGGUUAUUGAUGAUUUAGUCGAAGAACUGGCAUCAUAUUUGCAACCGAAAAUAAAUAAUCAUGCCAUACAUAUUGCAGAUCAGCUAGCACAAAAUAAUAAAACUACUAAUUUAAGUGUAGUUGAAGAACGUCUUAAUGUUUUAAUAACAAAUAUCAAAAUAUUUGACAAGGGUAUUAAACAUAUGGAUAAAACAGAUCAGCCUGCUUUAACAAAGUACUUACUAAAAUCUGUUGGUACUGAAUUUGUAAAUGAAUUAUUUAAAUUAGCUGCACAACAAAAUAUGCUUCAAUUCCCUGAUAAUAUUACCACAGAAACAAGACAAAAGAUGUUAUUAGAUUUGCCUGAAGAUGUUAAAGAACCUUUAACCAACAUACACAAAUCAGUUGCUGGAAAUUCUCUAGAUGAUUUUCUAAAUUUUGUAGAACCAGCAAUGGCAACUUGUUGUUUAGUAUUAAAAAAGUAUGAUAAAAAGAAAGAAAGACCAUUUAUUUGGGGUCAUAGGGAAGCAUUACUAGAGGAACUUAAUGCUACACAGGAUCCUGCACUGGCAUUGCAUUUAGUUACAAGUAUACUAUUCACUGCAGUAACACAAAAUGUUUUAUACAUGUCUGGAAGACAUGUAUCCACAGUUCUUUCAUUUCUUCACACACAUUUAGUACCUUCAACAAUGGAAAUACUAUCCAAAUAUCAUGAUAUGGUGCUAAAAAGUUUAACUUCUUCAGAUGAAACUACAAAAGCUGAUAUUCAGAAAGAACUAGAAGUUGGAUUGAUAGAAAUAAAAAAUAUUGCAAAUAAUUAUAAACAACAUUUAAAAGUUGAUAAACCAUAACAAUGAAUGCAUAUAAAU